GGUAAUUCAAAGCCUUUAUCUGCUCUUAUGGCUCCGCUAAAUGGGUGACUCGGAAAUAAUUUAAUUCUCCUUUAUUGCAUUUACAUUAAAACUUAAAAUAUUUUGUGUUUAUCUCUAUUCGCCUACCAAUUGAAAGUGAUAAAUAUUCACACAGACAUGCCACCACCAACUAAUGAAUAUGUGCUUAAGGGUGGAGGAACUGAUGAUGACACAGAGGGAGCAAUCACAUACUUUGUGGAUCAAGAAGGGAGAUAUUAUUAUCAACCAACUGCAGAAACUGUGAACUAUGUGUCCAUAGAAAAUGCUCCAGUAAUUAAUGAGAUUCAACAUGAGAGUCAAGUACUUAUUGAGGCAGAGAACUAUCAAACAGUUACAUUUGUGCCGGCAGCAACAGAAAAUGUAGAAAGUACCUAUAUAUUUAUUGUACAAGAUAAGGAAAAACCGGAUGUGAAUGAAAAUAUAAAGGAAGACAACUAUGAAGUGGAUCAAUUUGAAGACGAGGAUAUGGUCGACCAAGAUGAACAGUUGGAAUUAUCGCCUGAAUCACCAUCACAGAUACCUAAGAAGCCCAACAAAAAUCGUUUCUUCAAAUGCAAGAAUUGCGAAUAUACAAGUCACAGACGGUAUCUGCUGAUGCGACAUAUGAGAUGUCAUUCUACAGAGAGGCCACAUCAAUGUUCUAUCUGUGAAAAAGGAUUCAAAACCCAAAUGACUCUACAAAACCAUGUAAAUAUGCAUAAAGGCCUCAAACCACACGUGUGUAAUGACUGCAAAGCAGCUUUCACUACCUCAGGUGAGCUCGCACGUCACAUCCGGUAUCGACAUACGCACGAAAAGCCACAUCAAUGUCCCUAUUGUGAAUAUGCCUCCGUAGAGAAGUCCAAGCUGAUGAGACAUAUUCGAGGUCACACUGGCGAAAAACCUUUCCGGUGCGUGCAUUGCUCGUACGCUGCGCCAGACCGGUUCAAACUGACGCGCCACAUGCGGAUCCACGCGGGAGAGCAACCCUUCAGGUGCGAAGUGUGUAACCUGGGCUUCAAACAGUGUCAUUCAUUGAGGACACACAGCCUCAUUCAUAAAGUGGAUGAUAAACCAAUGCUUCAGUGCCCUCACUGUCCUGCAAAAUGUGGAAGAAAAACGGACCUAAGAAUUCACAUUGAGAACCUUCAUACAGCCAAGGAGCCCGUGGUAUGCAAGCGCUGUGGCAAAUCAUUCCCCGACAAAUAUUCUGCUAAGAUUCAUAGCAAGAGUCAUGAAGGCGAGAAAUGCUACACGUGUAGUAUCUGUCCGUACGCCUCAAUGAGUUUACGUCAUCUCAAGUCUCACAUGCUCAAGCAUACAGACGAGAAACCAUUUGCCUGUGACGAAUGCGACCAAUCAUUUAGACAAAAACAACUGUUGCGCCGCCACCAAAACUUGUAUCACAACCCGGACUAUAAGCCAACUCCGCCUAAGAAGAAGACUCACAUUUGCAACGAGUGCAGUCGCACUUUUGCUAACAAGGGAAACCUUAUACGUCACAUGGUGAUCCAUGACCCGGACCCGACGCAUAAAGAACAAGCUGAGGCGCUCAAACUCGGUCGGCAGAAGAAGGUGAAGGUAGUCGAUGGACAUCUUGUGAUUACUGAACCCGAGGACGAAUCACAGAGCCCUACAGAACAAGGUUUUGUGCAACUGGAGCUGCCCAGAAAUAAGCAAGAACAGAUGGAUGCUGGUGAGAUCCUCACUGUGGCAGAUGAUAGGGGUGAAGAGUACGUGGUGCUGCAAGUGAUUCAGCUGGAGGACGAAAGCCAACAACAAGUAGCUUUUGUGGCGCCGCCACAGCAUUAGACUAGCAAUGCUUAGAGCGUGAGUAGGCCCAAGCGAAAUGAAGCAGUUUCAAUGUGGUCGUUUAUGACCACAUAGGUUUCCCGCCGCGUCAGUGUCAUUCUGUCAACUUCCAGGACAAUCAGUGCGCGAAAUUUAAUUAAAAAAUGACUUACUGUGCAGUGAAAGGGCGUCACAAAGCGUCUUAUAAUAAAAAUUAUGAUAAGAAAAUCACAUUUCACACCUAAAUACUAUUUCACAAAUUUUAAUUUAAGGCUAAUUCGUUCGUCAAAACAGCAAAAUAUUUUGUAAACAAAACAGGCGCCAUUAAAAAAAUAUGUUGCCAGCUAUGAAAGUACUAUAUACCCCGAGUUCCUCCGCGGGGAUAGUUUUUUGUGUCU